CUGAGGUGGACUUACCUAUUUGUAGUAUUUGUUAAAAUAUCAUUUUAGAGAUUUUAGUCACACCAAUUAUUCUUCAAAACAUCCACUGUCAGUAACUGAAAUGUAUUCCUACAAGAAAUGUUAAUUUUCCCUGUUAUCAUUCUUUACAUAGCGUCUAUUUGACUCAAUAAUGGAAGCCAGGCAAGGAAGAAAAGUGCAAUACUAUAAUUUGCUGUACCUGCAAAUGUAUAGUGCAAAUGUUUGGAAGGGUGGAGCCUCAACUAGUCUUUCCUAAGCACUGAAAUAGAAGAGAUGAAGCAUAUUGUGAGAUGAUGCUAUACAAGGCCCUACAAGAUGUGGGGAGCCGUAAAGCAUUUGCCCCAGUGACUCAUUGCAAGCUGCAUGAAAGCAACACGGGACUCACACCCCAAGCUGAGAAGGUGAGCUCCCUCGGCAAGAACUGGCACCGCUUCUGCCUGAAAUGUGAGCACUGCCACAGCGUCCUGUCCCCUGGCGGGCAUGCAGAGCACAACGGGAGGCCAUACUGCCACAAGCCAUGCUAUGGGGCUCUCUUUGGACCCAGGGGGGUGAACAUUGGUGGUGUGGGCUCCUACUUGUACAAUCCCCCGACUCCCAGCCCUGGCAGCACCACUCCUCUCAGCCCCAGCAGCUUCAGCCCUCCCAGGCCAAGGACUGGCCGCCCUCAAGGCAAGAAAAGCCUUCCGCAUAUGAAGACAUUCACUGGGGAGACGUCGCUGUGCCCUGGCUGUGGGGAACCUGUCUAUUUUGCUGAGAAGGUGAUGUCAUUAGGGAGAAAUUGGCACCGACCCUGUCUGAGGUGUCAGCGUUGCCGCAAGACCCUGACUGCUGGGAGUCAUGCUGAGCAUGAUGGAGUCCCCUACUGCCACAUCCCCUGUUACGGCUACCUGUUUGGCCCCAAAGGUGUGAACAUUGGCGAUGUGGGCUGCUACAUCUAUGACCCAGUGGAGAUAAAAUUGAAUUGAGACGCUCACAGAAAAGGUCACCCUAACUCAUCAUUCUUCUCAUCAUUCCCCUCAUGGUCCAAUGGGAGCUACAGAAAUCUCCAGUCCCAUGCAGGUUGGGGAAAGUGGGAUCCUGGGGGCCUGGUCAGAGGCUCCAUGGUAGGCCAGAGUCUACACUUUCUCUGCCAAUUUUUCCCUUUCCCAUUUCUAUCUGGUUAGGGAAUAGCUCGUUUUGAAGGGUAUCCUCCUCCUGGCCAUCCCAACCCUUUUCCCCAGCAAAUUCUGGAGCUUCAAGGUACUCAUAAAACUUGUGUUUAUUGAAUUUCAGCCUCUCUGGUGUCUCCAAUAAAAUAUUGGCUCCCA